GCAGAUGUUCGCGCUAUGACGACCACGCGUGGUGUCGAUGCACGGAACGUCGCCUCGAGGAGAGAUUCGCCUCGCGGCAGCGCUCGACGGUAACGGUUAGCCGGCAGACAUGAAGACCGAGGUGUCCUGGAAGCGGCGGUUCCUGCGAAAGAGACUCCAGUACAUGCUGGUGUGCGUCUUCGUAGUCGCCGUGAUAUUCGUGAUCCAUCAGCUGUUCUACUUCAAGGAGCUAAAUCAGGCUACCGUGGGCAAGUUGAUCGCCGGCUCGGUGCAGGACACCCACCGCGUGGUCGUCGGCAAACGGGCUGACAAGUGGAAUCAACCGUACCACUCGAAGCUCAUACGCGACAAAAACGGUCGGACGGUGUCGUUGCGUGGCACCCGGGAUCAGGACAUUGCCAAGUACCUUCCCAAUGUCAACGGGAAAUUUGUGUGCUUCGCUUCGAAGAGGGAGAUUGAUUUUGUGAAGGUCAACGAUGAUUAUUGCGACUGUCCAAUGGACGGUAGCGAUGAACCAGGUACCAACGCUUGCAGCAACGGUUUCUUCAAUUGUGAAAAGAGUUCAAGAAAGUCAGCAGCAAGAAUACCAUCGUACAAAGUUAAUGAUGGACAUUGUGAUUGCUGUGAUGGUUCUGAUGAAUGGGCUGAAGCUGCAGUGUUAUAUAAGCUCAGCAGUAAGUUUAGUUUAUGUAAUUUAAUAAAGAAAUGUACUAAUAGUACAUAUACAUAUACGUUCCCUAGGUAGACUUUGACAUCUUAUAGAAAAUUUAAUUCCAAACAAAAAAUUUUCACAAACAUAGGUCGAAAAAUGCUAAAUGCUUCUUUAAAAAGUUAGCGUGUAGAAACCUCUAAAAUCAUGUUUUCUUUUAAUAUAUUUUGCAGAUAUCUAG